AUGACAACCCAUAAUGAUUUUACUUAUUCCAUCUUGAUUUUAGGGUUUUUUUACAAAGAAUUUCAAGCUGAUUUACCUUUCUUUCUUAAUGAUAGUAAUAAUGAAAUAUAUUUUUCCUUUUUUUCUAAUGAUAUUGAUACAGUAGAGUUUACUGAUAACUUUAAAAAACAAUUUGAUAGUCAAAAUUUCUACGUAGAACUUCAAGAAAAUAUGAGUAUAGAAAUUCAGGAAAGCAUUGUCGUAGAACCUCAAGAAAAUAUAGGUAUAGAAUUUCAGGGAAGUAUUGUCAUAGAACCUCAAGAAAAUAUGGGUAUAGAAUUUCAGAGAAGCAUUGUCAUAGAACCUCAAAAAAGUUUAGAAUCAGAAUUUCAAGAAAGUGUGAAUAUAGAAUUUCAUGAUAAUGCAGAUAUAAAAUUUCACGAUAGUAGGGAUAUAGAAUUUUAUGAUAGUACAGAUAUAGAAUUUUACGAUAGUGAAUUUCAUAAUAAUGUUAAAUUUCACAAUAGUAGUGGUGUAGAAUUUGAUGAUAGUAUGAGUUUAGAAUUUCAAGAUAUUAUGGAUAUAGAUCCUCAAGGAAGUAUAGAUCUAGAACCUGAGUUAGAAGAGCCAGUUCAUAUUAAUGUUGUUAAAGCUAAUAAAGAUGGAAUAGUUCGUCAACGAACAUUUAAAUACACUUUUUCUAGAGAACCCACUUCUAAUCAAGUAAUUGAUCCACCUGCUA